UGUGACUCACCAAAUCAACCAAGUACCAACCCAAACCCAUAAACCCACCUACCCCAUCUCAUCAUCGUGCUCAUCCGGCCAGCACCCGAAUGACACGUAUCAACAUUUGUUUCUAAAAGGUAGCAGAGCCCAAAUCUAACCACCCAUCCUGUAAUCUGAUCAGCUACAUGGAGCAACCAUCCUCCUCCAAAACCCGAAAUCUCGAUACCACGCUCGAAGCUUUCGGCUUCGAAAUUGAAGAAUUGACCCCGCAUAAAGUCACCGGCCGCCUCCUUGUUUCCGAUAAGUGCGUUCAGCCAUUCAAGGUGUUACACGGCGGCGUUUCGGCCCUUAUAUCGGAGGCCCUGGCUAGCAUGGGGGCUCACAUGGCGUCAGGAUUCCGAAGAGUUGCUGGUAUUCACCUCAGCAUCAGUCAUUUAAAAAGCGCCGAGCUUGGCGACGUUAUCUUGGCUGAAGCUCUUCCUCUCAGUCUUGGUAAAACUAUUCAGGUAUGGGAGGUGCAACUCCGUAAGGUCGAUCCUUCAAACACGCAGAGCAAAUCGUUGGUUUCAUCGGCGAGGGUCACUCUUCUAUGCAAUAUGACAGUCCCAGACCACGCUAAAGAUGCAGCCCACAACCUCAAAAAAUAUGCCAAACUAUGAAAUGAUGUACUAAUUUCAUGUCUAACUAAUUAAAAUGAGCAGCUCUCGCCUCUCUUCGCCA